CCUGUCUCCCCGCUCGCCGCUACGCAAACCCUUCUCCCCGCGCCGCGCCGCCACCCCCAAGAACCUCAUCGGCUCCGGCCUUUGAUCUCCUCCUCCGGCCGGCAGAGGCAUCGAAUCCCCCACGCCACAUCCUCCAAUGGCUACCAAGUCCCAAAAGAAGAAGAAGCCCUCCGCCCCCAACCCCUCAAUCGACGCCAAGAAGCCCGACCCUCAGGAACCCGCGGAGACGCGAGAGACGGCGGCGGCGGCGGCCAAGAAGAAGACGCCGAAGAAGCAGAAGGAGAGCAAGGAGGUCUCCGCCAAGAAGGCGAAGCAGCAGAAGGAGGGCAAGGAGGUCUCUGCCAAGAAGCCGAAGCCGAAGAAGCAGAAGGAGAGCAACGAGAUCGACGAGAUCUUCGAGGCCACUAAGUCCGACAAGAAGCGCAAGUUGCAGGAGGAGGAGGAAGAGGAGUCCGAGGGGGCUAGCAAGAAGGCCAAGAAGGGCAAGGCCGAGGGGGGCAGCAAGAAGAAGAGCAAGAAGGAGGCCGGGGGCAGAGGCUGGGAGCCCGGCCACGACGAGGUCGAGGAGAAGCGGCCGCGGCGGCGCACCAACGACGGGCUCACCAUAUACUCCGCCGACGAGCUUGGGUUCGGCAAGGCCGACGCCGGCGGCACCGCCCUCUGCCCCUUCGACUGCGACUGCUGCUUCUGAGCCUUUCAGUUCAGGGGUCCUCCCUGCCUGAGGUGAUGUACUCAGGUGACAUUCGUCGUCGUGGUGUUUGUUGUAAUGCUCGGUUGAUUCGAUAACCAUGUGCUUAGGCAUGUGAUUGGAUGAAAUGGAAUUUUGGUUCUCUGA